UCCCAUCUCUCGCUAUGCCUAUGUAUCGUCAUCCAUUCCCACUUUUCCGUUUCUUCUCUCUUUUCCCGAAACCUCUUCAGACUCUCUCAUCUGCUGCUCCUUCGGAUUUCCUCGCCUGGAAGAAGAGGAGAGGAUCAACCUUCCGCGGAAAUCUCCAGGCUUUGGAUUUGUGUUGCGGGAGCAGUAAGAGAGGCGAGAGAUGAACAGGUGGGGAUACCAACAGACGGCCAUGGUGAGAGGUUGCGUUGUGGACGGCGUCGUUUGCCCCAAGCCUCGGAGGAUUGGCGCGCCUCUUCAACUGCACGAGCCUCUGAGACAAUCCCCGCGCUUGCUCUACAUCAAUCAACAACCCGAGGCAUGUGACGCAAAAGUGGGAAUGGAGCUUCUUGAUAUAAUUCGAAUGAAGGGGAGCUACACUUCAGAAAGGUCAGGCUUUCAGGUAGCCUCAUCCCCGCCCUUUUUUGCCGGGACACCACCAGGCCGGGUUUCAAACCCUGUUAUUCAUGAUGAAAAGUUUGGGAACAACAAUGGCUACUCUUCAUACCCUAUGCGUGAAACACCAUCAUCAUCUAAUCGCACUUGUGGAGGUUGUGUCGAGACCAAAUUUGGUUCCAAACCUGCUGUGAGGAUCGAAGGGUUCGACUGUCAUGGAGGCAGCAGGCUCUCUGCCAUAGCCUAGACAGAGAACCCAACUUCAAAGCUUGCUGCAUCUUCAGAGGUACGAAUGCCGCCAAUAACAAACUAAUUUCGAUAAAGAGAAACCAUUAGUUCCAUAGUGUACAUAUGUCAUGAUCUAAACAAGAAAAUUCUGAGCGUGUUCCCUCCCUGUGAGGCAGUCGAAUAUCUUCUGUGAAUAUAUGAUGAUGAGAUGUGAGGAUUAGUGUUUGUUCAAAUAAGAUAAACUCGCCCAUGGAAAAAGGGGAAAUAAUCCCUAUAUUGGGUUGUAGACAUUCGUCUCUGUUAUGUCGCUCCGAGUGUACAAUAUGAACACUUAUCGCGCGACUAUGUCAACUUCAUGAACCUUCACUGUAAAUGCCAGUAUUUGAUUGAACCUUUGAAACUUUAUUGUCUAUUCUCUUUA